UCAGCCGCCUUCUUACUUUCAUAAGGACUAUUGUUGUUGUUUUUUUUUGUUUUGUUUUGUUUUGUUUUUUUGUUGUUGUGGCUGUUUUUCUCUGAUCUGGCUCUGAGGAUUAUACGAUUUGUUUUUCACUUGAAGUCUUGGAGUAUCAUGAAAAGGAUUGGAAAACUUGGUGGCCGGUGCGUUAAUAAUUAGCUUUUAAACUAACUAAUCAGGAGCCAUUUUGUACAAAUCUUCUGACAGCUGCCUAGUUUAUGGACUGAAAGAGUGACAAAUUGUCUCUUUGUUCUCUGAUUGACUGACUGGCUAGGUGUUUAUUUACUGCAUGACUUCCUCACAGAUUAACUUGCUAUUUUUUUUCCCACAGAACACUGUCUGACCGUUUAUUUUAAUCAUUUACUAGGUCACCCUUUUUUUUAUUCAGGUGUCUUUCACCUGUGCGUCACCAAGAUGAUUCUUUUAUUCACAGACUUACUAUUUAGCUGAAUGGCUGGGAGUGGCAUCAUCAUCAUCCUCAGCCUUUGUGACUGUGUGGAUUUGCAUGAAUUGAUGAAGAAGAAAGGGGACUUGGUGUGAUAAUAAUAUAUACAUAUAUAUUAAAAAAAAACCUGCACUAAUAAGCAGCAGCAAAGGAGAAGCAAACCUGCUUAGGAUAAUAUUGGAUUAGGGAGCAAAAGGAGGGGGAGAUUCUCAGAAACAGACGAGUGACGAGAGGAGGCGUGGCAGCGGAGGGAAAGAGAGAGAGAGAGAGAGACCAGGAGAGGAGUGGAUGCGACCUACACCGUGAGAUGCUGUGCUGGCUGAGACAGGACGAGAUGUCGGUCCAGGAGCUGCUACAGAGGGUGCAGUGUGUCAUCACUCAUGUCGAUGAGAUCAUGCAGCAGGACAUCAGGCCCCUGCUGGCUGUGGACAUCAUAGAGCAGCUUCAUCGCCAGUUUGCCUUGCUUUCAGGAGGGCGAGGGAAAGAUGGCGCCCCCAUCAUCACUUUCCCAGAGUACUCAGGCUUCAGUGAAGUGCCAGAGGAAGACUUUCUGAAUGUAGUUACUUACCUGACCAGCAUCCCAAGCCUGGACGCUGCCAGUAUCGGCUUCAUUAUCAUCAUCGACCGGCGGAAGGACAAAUGGAGCUCAGUGAAGGCCUCUUUAUCCAGGAUCGCUGGAGCAUUUCCUGGAAAUCUUCAGCUGGUGCUGGUUCUGAGGCCCUCCAGGUUUUUCCAGAGGGCCAUAGCAGACAUCGGGAUCAAACUGCACAAGGAUGACUUUAAAAUGAAGAUUGUAAUGCUGAACUCCCUAUCUGACCUACAUGGCUACGUGGAUAAAGGCCAACUGACGCGGGAGCUAGGCGGGAACCUGGAGUACUGUCACAGUCAGUGGAUACACCAUAGAACUGCCAUAGAAAACUUUGCCGUGACAGUGAAAACCACAGCCCAGAUGUUACAGAAGUUUGGAACAGACCUGGCAGAGACGGAGCUUCCCAAUGACGUUCAGUGCACCAAAGACCUUCUAACAGUGCACACAGAAAAACACAAUAAUCUCAAGGAUGAACUGAAGCUAGCUCUGAGGCAGGGCACCACUUUGUUCGGUUGUAUCAAGGAGCAGGCAGCCAAGUCAGAGGACCAUGAACUUAACCCAGAUGAGAUGGAGAAUCAGACCACUGUGGAAAGGCUCCUAGCCCAGCUGGACGAGACAGAGAAUGCCUUUGAACAGUUCUGGUGUAAACACCAUCUGAAACUGGAGCAGUGCCUCCAGCUCCGCCACUUUGAACAGGACUUCAGAGAGGUCAAAGUUUCUCUUGAUAGUUUGAUUGACACGCUAAACGGCUUAUCAGAUACCGGGGACUGUGUGGCAAGAGUCGAACACCUGCUGAAGGAACUGAAAACACUGGAGGAGAAGGCUCAGCCAACACUAGUAAAGGCCCAGCUCCAUGCGCAGCAUGGCGACCAGCUGAUCCAGAGCAACCAUUACGCCGUGGACUCUAUUCGACCCAAAUGCGUGGAGCUCAGGCGGGUCUGUGAUGACUUCAGCAACGAGGCCAAGAAAAAGAGGGACGUCUUGUCGAAAUCCCUGCAGAUACACAUGGGUAUUGAUAAGGUUAACCAGUGGUGUGAAUCUGGCAUCUAUCUAUUGGCGUCCCAGGCUGUAGAUAAGUGUCAGUCUCAGGAAGGGGCAGAGUCAGCACUCACAGACAUUGAACGCUUUCUGGAGUCGGCCAAAGAAAACCAACUGACUGAACUGAGGAACCUCCACAACCAGUAUGAAGUUGUCCUCUCCGAAGAUAUCAAGGACAGUGUCCUGAAGGCGUUGAAGCGACUAGAGGAUGUCCAAGAGAUGUUCGAAAAGCGUCAUGUCAGUCUGAAGAGACUUUCAGCUAAACAGACGAGACCCAUUCAGCCUGUUGCCCCACGACCUGAGUCCUCUCCCAAACGCCCCCCACUGAAGAAUCCUCCAAGGACAACAGGCAGCCAGCAACCUCUGGCACGCAGGUCGUCCGAUAACUCUAACAGUGGCAAGCAGCCAGUUGAAACUGAUCUCAACAAGAAGAAGAACAUACGCAAGACCAAAGCAGGCAUCAAGAUUGAGGUGAUGCAUGAGGAAAGCCAAGGGGGCUCCACACAUGUUGUUGUGUCAAAUGAGACUGAGGAGAGUCUCUCCAACCGACGCAGGCACAUCAUGACUGAGCUAAUUGAGACAGAGAGGCUGUACGUGGAGGAACUGCAAAGCAUCAUGGAGGGUUAUUUUGAUGAGCUGAAUAAUUCAGAACUAAGCCACCUCAUCCCCCCGACGCUGGAGAACAAAAGAGAUGUACUGUUCGGCAACCUCCCAGAGAUUUAUGAUUUUCACAACAGGACGUUUCUAUUGGAGCUGGAAAACUGUGCCGAGAAACCAGAGUUGGUGGGAACCUGUUUUCUGAAAAGGAAAGAAGAGCUCCAGGUGUAUGAAAAGUACUGUCAGAAUAAACCUCGCUCUGAAGUCCUCUGGAGACAGUGUGGAGACAGCCUCUUCUUUCAGGAAUGCCAGAAGAAACUGGACCACAAACUGUCUCUGGAUGCUUACUUGCUGAAGCCAGUCCAGAGGAUCACCAAAUACCAACUCAUGCUUAAGGAGAUGUUAAAAUGCAGUAAAGGUCAGGGAAUGGCCGAGCUGGAGGAAGCUUUGGCCACCAUGCUGGACAUAAUCAAGUCUGUCAAUGACUCCAUGCACCAGAUAGCCAUCACUGGCUUUGAUGGAAACCUGAGUGAACUGGGGAAGCUGCUUAUGCAGGGAUCCUUUAAUGUGUGGACUGAUCACAAGAAAGGCCACAGCAAGGUGAAGGACCUGGCGAGGUUCAAGCCCAUGCAGAGGCACCUCUUCCUGUAUGACAAGAUACUGCUGUUUUGUAAGAAACGAGAGGAGACCACAGAUGGCCACGAGAAAACCCCAUCGUACAGCUUCAAACACUCGCUCAAGAUGAGUGCUGUGGGGAUCACAGAGAACGUGAAAGGCGACAGCAAAAAGUUUGAGGUUUGGUAUAACGGCAGAGAGGAAGUUUACAUCAUCCAGGCUCCAUCCAUGGACGUGAAAAAUAUGUGGGUGUCAGAGAUUCGCAAAGUUCUUACAGGCCAGCUGGAAGCAUGCAGAGAAGCUAGCCAGCUCAACAUCUACGGGGCCCCUAUGAGUAGGAACGUGCGUAAGAUGGCGCUGAAACAGUCUGAUUCAUCGAGUCCAGAGUCAGGCUUCAGGAGGACCAAGCCCAGUCCGAACAUGAGGCAGAAGAGAGUCGAUGCUUCAGCCAGCCAAUCAGGCCACUCGGCUGUUAAUGCUAGGAAGCACUUCACCUUGCAAGGACUUUCCAACAGGAGGUCUCUUCCGGCAGAACCCAAUGUUAAGGAGGCAGAGCCCCCCCGCCGCUUCUCCCUCACCUCCUCCCUUGCCUCCUCUUCCUCCUCCUUUGCCACGCGACGCACAAAAGGUACUCUUUCAGCUAGCAUAAAGAGCAAGAGACAUGAGAUAAAGAGCGAUCCUACUCCGUUUGGUUAUGAAGAUACUUUGCGCGGUGCUAUGGCAGCAGUUGGGAAACGUAAGAGCAUGACUGUCGGCACCACUCCCGGUGCUGGUGGCACCUCAGCCGUCCCUAGAUCCACCUCUCAACCAGGCUGGGCCCAGCGGCGUCUCCCCUCCAUGGACACAGAAGACUUUGAGACAAUUCCCUCCAGCGGAGAGGAGUCCUCCAACUCUUCAGAGGACGAAGGCAACAAUAAGAAUGGAGACAGCAGCCGUUUCCGGGUGCAGCUGACUUACGAGUCUCGAGAUGCGAAGAACCUCUCUCUGGAGACCGGUGACCUGGUCCAGUUCCUGGAGGAAGCGGAGAAUGGGAACUGGCUAGUCAAGAACCUUUUAACAGAGGAGUCAGGGCUGGUCCCUCCCAGUAUACUGCAAACAGCAUUUGAAGGAGAUAUUUUCAGUGAUCUGUGUACAGCAGCGCUCUCUGACUCUGAUGAAAAUGGAGCCAGUACGUGGGGAGAUGUAUCUCAGGACAGCAAAUAAACAUGGAUGACUACUGUAGUCUAUUACAUUUGACUACGAUCUUUGUUGGACCACGGACGCUGCUGAUAGCUGGAACUAUCGAGUUUUUUGUCUGUAAUUUCCUAUCGACUUCACAUAUGGCCUGCAGUUGUAUUUCAACAGUACUAUUUCACAGUCAGGUUUCACUGAAGUUUCACAGUGAAGCCCCUGGAAAAAGCUGGAACCUUACCAUGCCUGAAUGCCACAGGGGGAAAGCCAUAUCCGAUUUUUAAUUCAAGGACGUAGCGGCUGUUAGAUGUGGAAACUGAUCUAUACAUCCAAAGUCGAGUGAAAGCGACAUCAUGUACUGUAAAAAAAAAAAAAAAAAAAAAAUUAAAAAAUGCUGGAUACCUGAGAAUUCACACCCCUUGAUCCUGAUCUGGAUAACCCUAGGGAAAAAUGGUAAUUUCCAUGUACUGACUGUAAGCAGACCUUGGCAUGGUGCCCAGUUUUGCUGCUACCCUGCUCUGAAGUAGAACUCUUCUGUUUUAGCUGUUUCUGGUUCAACCUACAGACAAAUUGUAGCAGCCGUAGCCUCCAGGAGAACCUCAAAAAUGGCUUGUCUCUUUUGUUUUUCAUCCUCAUAGAGCACCCUCGUAAUAUGCAGUCAUCUCUUAAAUGAUUCCAAACCCUUUUUUGCACACACGUUUUGCACACUUUGUUUCGUAUUAUUUUUGCUGACCUGUCAUCAUUCAUUAGUUGUUCACUUCAAGUUCCCCUUCUCUCUGCUGCUAAGAAGCGCAUCGAUAGCAUGAUGCUUCCACCGCCGUGUUUCGCUGGUUAAAUGGAGUCCUGCUUAAAUAGUCCAACACGCCUCUUUUCUCAACUGUUGGACUCUCAAACACCUUGGAUCUGAUUAUAUUUAGUCAGGCUUUGUGAUACAAUCAAUAAGAUCCAUAAAACAGAUCCAUACAAUGAGUGGAACUGCAGUUCUGGUGAUGUGUGAGCAACCCGUUCACACUACACUUGACUCACUGUUCAUGUAAAAUGGAUUUAUCGGUUUAAAUUUAAGUAAAGUUUGCUAUAUCAGAGGAAAAUGGAACUCUAAGAGAAUGUCCUUUAUAGGGUAAUAAUAGCUAAAUUACUUUCUAGCGGAUAAUAUGCGUGAGAAAUAAAUCAGUUGCAGUCUGUUAUCCAUUUUGUUCUUUAUACAUUCACAGUAAAUAGUGCGCAAAGGAAGCCAAAUGCCUUUUGAUGGAAAUUAGGCAUCACUGCAGAACAUCUCUUCUUUAGAUGGAUGCGGCGCUGGCGUGAAUCAUGUUUCAGAAAGCAAAUUCAUCACUGUGACAUGUUAUGCUGCGUGUCACAGAGAUAAACUCAGACAGACUCAUUUCUACAUAAUGGGAUUUCACUUCCAAGCUUGUUGAGAACAUUUCACACUUUGAUUCUCUUCAUGCCAGCUGCUAUCUAUAGACGGGACGUAUUCAAUCAUCCUGUUUCUGCAAUAACUAGAAAAAGAUCUUGUCCAAACAAGCCGAUCCCAGAUAGGAGUUUCUACGCCGAGGGUGAUAUUUUUGAGAACACUCUUUUUAAAUGGAUGUUAGUCAGAAUAUUGUAUUUAUUCAUCCUGGCACAUCUCUUCCUGCUGUGUUGUUUUAUUUCUUUUAAAAUCUCUAUAUUAACAGAGAACUGUUUAAUUGUGCACCUGAUCAGAAAACCGUUUAGAAAACACUGAUUUGGGUUUCCAUUGUUGAAGUCCAUUGAAAGAUUUGAGCGUUUGGUUUUUCUACUGAAUCCAAGCAGGAGUUUUGCUUUGCAACACGUUAUUGGAUUCAUGAGUCUUGAAGUCCUUGCUUAAAGCACUUACAUAAAUUUUUUGUGUAUUUUUUUUCAUAUUAUUGAGAAAUUUAUAUUCCUUUGCAAUUUGCCAGUGUUAUGACUUUAUGUCUGCUAAGAUGGAAAGCAUUUCUUAAAUAGAUGCCGGUCGUUUCAUUUUUUUUUUUCUAUAAAUAAACGACAGUAUGUUGUGGGGAGAAGUCAGGGAACUGUUAGGCUUUUUGCUGCAUGUGAUUUUUCAGGGAAAUAACUUGUUUUUUUUUUGUUUUUUUUAGUAAAUGGCACCUGUUUCUUAACAUCAACUGUCGGUGCGUAGGGGUUUAUUCCAGUGCGGAAAUAGCCGGUCUGUUCACUGAAUACAAAACAUGGGGACAUCCAGGAAGACGUAUUGUUAAAUGUAAAUAAACAUCAGUGUUAUGCUAAUAUGCCGCAACUUUUCGAGAGGUGCAUUUUCACUAUGGCUGCUGUAUUGCUGUAAACUAUUCACCCUCGCAGGCUUUUUCAGCACUACACGUUGUAUUUCUACUGAUAAAAUGAAUUCUAUAGACGAGUCACUGAGAAAGCGGCGCUGUAUCUACAGAUGCAUGUCUUAUUUUAUUAGCCUGUAGACUAUAACUUAUUUGAAAUGUAAAAAAGAAACCAAAAAUAUAUCAAAAAGUAUUCAUCGGAAAUAAUCCGCGUUACGACACAAUUACUAAAUGGAAGGAUGGAUGGAUGUGUGGAUGGAUGGACUGAAUUGAAAGUCAAUGAGAGGGCUGGUGUGUGGAUGAACGGAUGCUCAGGCGGACUGGUGGGUUUUGAAUAGGUGGUUUAUUGAAUGGCUAUGAUGAGAUCAGAUGGGUUACCAUUUGCAACAGACUCAAAUUAAGGGUAACAUGCACUCUGACUGUAAGGAAAUACACUCCUCCUGAACAUGUAUAUUUUGUUCAUCCUAUGUUAAAUGAAAAAUACUGUAUCUUUUGAAUGGAAAUAUUAUUUGUACUUCGUCAAGCCGCAAUUGAAAUGCCAUUUAAUUAACCAUAUUAUAGAAUGUAUCAAGUCUGUAUAUUGCAUCUGUUAUUGUAAUGUACAUAUUCAGUCAGUGUGAUAAUGUUUUUUUUAUCAUUAUAAAAUAAAUCAUUAUUCUUAAA